CCCGCUUUCUGCUGCAGGUGAUGCGGAGCGCGCGCUUCAGAAACAGAGCGGGAUACAGCCUGUAUUUCAAAAAAUAUAGACAUAUAAAUAUUAUUUUACUGCUGGAAGAAGCUGAGAAACCUGUCUGAGGAGUCGUGCAGCCCUCUGUUAUUCUGUUCAGCUGUUCUUUUCUUUCUUUACAGUUGCUGUUCUGUGUGUAAAGACUCAAAGCUCCACCAUGAUCCUGCUGACUCCAUCCUCUGGUUUUUUUCAGCGCACUGAUAAACUGUUCCUGAGAGAACGAGCCAGUUGGGUCCAGCUGAAGGAGUUCGCCCGUAAGAACGCUGCCAACGCUCUGUCUGUUGCCAACAUGGUCAUGGGGAUGGCCUCUAUUCUCAGCAGUCUCAACGGCCACCACUACGCUGCCUGUUGGCUGGUGCUGAUUGGUUACCUGCUGGAUUUGGCAGAUGGAGCCGUUGCCAGGCAGUUGAACGCCUGUUCUGCACUGGGUGCCAAACUGGAUGAUUUUGCAGAUUUCACAACAUUUGGAAUUGCAACUUCUCUACUGCUGAGGACUCCAAGCCUCUGGGAUAACGUCCUCUGCAUGUGCUACGUGCUGUCUGUCUUCAUUCGUCUCUGCUUCUUCUCUAGCGGAAUUCCCUUCAUGUACCGUGGUUUGCCAUGCAUCUACUCCUCUGCUAUUCUUGCCUGCACCUCUCUCCUCACUGGAGGAAACAUGGCCGUGCUCCGAGUCACUGCCGUGGCCAUGAUCCUGUUCAUGGUGAGCCAGGGCUUCUACCCCCAUGACCGGGUGCUGGAGUCCCAGGCAUGGAAGAAAGUGGUAUACACUGGAGGUGUUAUCAUGGUCUUCUGCUCCUCGUUCCCUCCUGCUUGUGUUUACUACCUGCUCUGGUCGGUUUCCUACAUUUUGUUUCCGACGGCGCUGUGGAGCAGCAAAGUGUAGCAGAGCCUGCCGAGCUUUUCUCCUCCGAACUCUGAAACCCUGCAGGUUUAAAGAAGAAGAAGAAGAAGAAGAAGAAGAAGAAGUUCUGCUCGGCCUGUAGGAACUCACUGCUGCUUUCUGCCACGGAGAAUCAAACCUUCACUCCAGCUCAGAAACUCUGGACACUGUAUGAACUGUAUGCACUGGAUCUGUGUGUGUUUUAGUUUUGAGGUGAUGGACUGAUCCACCUGAUGGAGAAACCUGAUGGACUGUUGAUGAAGCAGCUUUUGUAAUUGUUGUAAUUUUUGGCCUUUUUGGAGGCUGCCUCAAGUCAUUUUAUAUUUGAGUGAUCUGAGCAGCAGGAGACUAAAUGUUCUGUUCACAGAGGCUGACACAAUCAUGUGUCUCUGAUUGGUCUCUGUUUGGUGACGACUUUUGCCACGACUGCACAAAAAAAAAAAAAAUUAAUAAUAA